AUGCCCCUCUGCCUCGGUUAUAAACACCUUCAAAGUUUGCCACCAGUGACUGCAGGUUAUCAAAGCAUCUCGCCUAUUCUGCUAAGCCUUUUCAAGGCCCGUAACGUGGAUACCCCUGAAGCCAGUGUAGUCACCAUUGUCUGUAUAGUAACUAGAAAGUGA